CUCAUCAACUUAUCACAUCCGCCCUCAUCCACUCUGAACUCCACACUCUGUCUUUCUCCCCUCCCUGACCGUACUUUUAGCGCUGCGCUGUUUCAAUCGUACCUGUAUCCUCUUCUCUUGUUUGUGAGAACAACACACCUUAUUCAUGCGUCCCGUCUCUUCAACUUGAUCGCUUUCAUAUCUUUGCUUGAUCAACAAAAAAACGUCGCUCCUCCCUUUUCACUUCUGUCACCUCCAACCAUGGCGAGCAGCAGCAGCAAGGAGUCGCGCUGUAGCCGCUGUCACCGUUCUGCCAACACCUCGCUUCUUGCCGUAGCAAUCCUCCUCGCCAGCCCUCUCACUCUCCUUUCUCAGGCACAAACAUCGUCUGCACCUCUCACCGUCUUUGCGCCCGCCUUUGCCAGGACCGCCACACGUCUCUACGUCCUUGGCGGUCGAAACGCCGCUACCAUCUAUAGCCAAUUCUUCUCGCUCGAUCUCACCAACUCCUGGAACAGCGCCACGCCUCUCUGGACAAAACUCAAGGAUGGACCCGGACAGGCCAUUUUUCCCGCUGCUUUCUCCGCAGAUCAAAAGACCAUGGUUACCUUCCAUUCGAAUAGCUCAGCCAACGCAUCCUUUGCCUAUCACUAUUCUGUUGUUACCGGUCAAUGGACUCAAUCUACAGUGCAGGCGCAGUUCGGAAGCAAUGAGGGUGUCGGCGCGGUGACAGACCCUAACACUGGGUUGGUCUAUCUUGCGGGUGGGUACGCGUCCGAAGAUCGCAACUCGAUUAACGUUUAUAACUUUGAGACGGAUACGAUGUCAGCGAACGCAUUGCCUCCGUCCACCACAGUUUUUCCGAAUCGCGAGUAUUAUGCCAAUGUCUGGUCACAGAAGCGGAAGAGUAUCCUUUAUUUUGGUGGAUAUAGUUUCUCAAGUCCUUCAUGGGAUAUGAUCCCAAGUGAUAACACUGUAGCAGAGUUUGUACCGUCGGCAUCAACGUGGUCCACAUUGGUAAGCGACCAGAUAUCUACGCGACUCCCGACGACAUAUGAUGAUGGCUCACUUAUGGUGAUCUAUGGAGGAAGGCUGUCCGACCGCACCACACUCAGUGGCGAAAUCUUUAUUUUUGACACUGUCGGCCGAACCUGGAGACAGGGCCUGACCGGCCCUCUUAGAGUUUACACAGCCUGCACCAUUGCCGGCAACCAGCUCUUGGUCUGGGGAGGACAGAGCUCGACAGAUUUGGUCGUGCCUACGGCAGUUUUGAUCUACGACCUGGACAGCAACGCGUGGAUCACGCAAUACACUCCUCCAGCAUCUUAUGUGGCUGCCAGGGCGUCCGAGACUAUCUCGAGCUCACCAAAAGCGACAAGCACGGGCUCACCCUCGAGCUCACCAGACGCGACAAGCACGGGCUCGCCCUCGAGCGACGGAUCAUCUCCGAGCAAUGUGGGUGCGAUUGUAGGAGGAAUCGUUGCGUGUGUGGCUGUGCUCUGUGCGGGAGCGUUUUUCUUCAUCUUCCGACGACGACGACGACAACAGCACAAGGCCAUCCCAUUGAACACGGCGAGCGAUCAUAAGGGUAGCGAAGAGUCCGGGCGGACGACACCGCCGCGUACUCAUGAUGAUGAGCUUCAACAGAUGCGGACACAGAUUCAGAAUCAGCAGGAGCAAAUAAAGUUGCUGUCGCUACAGCAACAGCAACAGCAGCUACAGUUGCCGAUCCAACCGCAGCAUCAGUAUCAGGACGCGACAUAUAACUACCAGCCACCGAUUUUCUAUUCAGCAGCUGGGGGACAAACAGCAAACCCAUUGAUUGCGACGACGGCAGGUUCUUCGCCACAAGAGUGGGAUACAGCGCAUACGUCACCAGGUUCGAUGAAGCUGGUACCGACGAGUGGUGGGUUGGCGCGUGCGGGCUAUGCGAACGCGCAGCAACAGCAUCUUGGGGUCAUGCCUGUGGUGUAUAAUCCGCCACCGACGACUGCAGGAUCCUCGGAGGCGGCGACGGAGGUAAAAGGCGAGUACGAGAGUAAUUACAGGGAGAAACGUCCACUCGGCAGCCCACAUGCUAUUAUUGAGACAUAGAUGCAGGAGUGCGAGCGUUAGAAAGCCGGGGGACAUGGAGGAAAGCGAGGAAGGAAAGGGCGAAGAAAAUGAUACCCCAUAGUUUAUUGAAGGAUCGCCUAACUAGUGUUUUAAUUGCAUCUCAUCUCAUCGGAUACUGUGUCCACAGUGCAUCGAAAU